AUGGAUAAUAGGAAUUGUGGAAAUAUUUGGCAACGUGGAUUCACUUUGUCUCAAAAUGAUGAAUACCAUCAUCAUAUUGAAAGUGCAUCGAUUCCAGUUGUACGUGAUCCGAUACGUGAUGCUACCACAUCAUCGUUUUUAUUUUGGGAUUAUGAUCCAACAUUUUGCACUAAUAUUAGACAAACUGUUAACAGUAAUUUCACUGGACCACAUUGCAUUUUACCAUUAUCACAGAUUUCGGAUUCUAGUAGUACUCUUACCAGUUUACCAGUUCGACAAAUGAUAACAACAGCUGCACCAAUUUGUCCAAACUCGCAUCCUUGUACUGUUAAAGAUUUUACCAUACCAUUAUCAACAAGGCUUUCAUCCGAACAACAAAGCUCUUCAUUAUUACCAUUUGAUACAUCAAAUGCAUUGCCAAUUUCUUCCGUACCACAACAAUCAACACUACAAACAGUACCACCAGUAGCAAUACGGAAAACAACCAAUGAACAGCUCUGUCAGGUUUGCCUCGCUGCCGCUUCCAAUGGAUUGCAUUUUGGAGCUAAAACAUGUGCCGCUUGUGCUGCAUUUUUCCGACGAACAGUGAGCGAUGAAAAGAGUUACACUUGCAAACGAUCACAGCGUUGUGAUGUAAAAUUAAAUUACGGUAUGUACAUGAAUGAUAAUAUUGAUAAUGAUGUUGAUCAUUUUGAUAAAUUUUCAAUACAAUACUAUUAA